UGUCGGAUUUCCUACAUUCCUCACACCGAGUUCACGUUAGUAAGUACAGCAUAUAAGGGGAUGGAGUAAAGGAAGAAGAAGGCAUGGAUCCCGUUGAAGACAAACCAAGCAAAACGGUCGACAUUUAUCGCGAUACGUGGGUCCGCUUCCUGGGCUAUGCCAAUGAAGUCGGGGAGGCUUUUCGUGCUCUGGUACCAGUGAGUCUGGUAUGGGGCAGCUAUGCUGUGGCCACUGUGUACGUUACUGCUGAUGCUGUGGACAAAGGGAAGAAAGCAGCUGUGGCCCACGGGGACAACCCAGGGAAGACAACACGGGUAGCGGCGGCAGUGGUGGACACGUUUGUGUGGCAGGCCCUCGCCUCUGUGAUUAUACCUGGCUUCACCAUUAACCGCGUGUGUGCUGCUUCUCUGUAUCUACUGGGCAGAACCACCAAAUGGCCCCUGCCCGUCCGCAAGUGGACUACCACAGCUAUAGGCCUCUCUACAAUACCCUUCAUCAUUACUCCUAUAGACAGGUCAGUGGAUUAUCUGCUGGACUCGAGCCUUCGGAAGAUCUACAAUGAGGAAGAGAAGCACAAAUAAGGAGGGAUCAUGCAGGACACACCAUCCCCUCCUGGACAGAGACCAGUCCAGCCUAUGUAGACCUGCGCUGAUUAUCUACUGCUGUGAAGCACUAAAGAAGUGUGAAGAAGAAUUUCAUGGAGCACAACUCCACAGUUAGUCAAAUAUACAUAUAAUAAAAUAGAUUUUAUUCCAGAAUUAUACAAUUUAUAAGUUAAGUAGUUAAAAGUGAAAUCCUGCUUCAUGAAAUACCCCCUUAGGGAUCAUUAACUUUAACCUCUCAGGACAAUCUGGAUAGCGACACUAAAAAAGGUUUAAACAGAAAUCGAACAGUAUGAAAAAUGAAUAAAUAUUCCACUUGAGACAGUGAAAUCCUGCUUCUUAAAGUAAUAUUUGGCAGUGAUACAUGAUGCUGUUAUAUUCCUGUGAUCUUCCUUACAGAGAAAGCCUCCAAGGUUGCCCUCGUGGUUUAGAACUAUGAGCCAUGGUGUCCAGAUGUCAAGGAGAUUAAAUACAAACCACCACACUUUCUCUUUUUAUUAGCCAUAUACAGUGGUACUGUAAUGACAGGCCAAAAAGCCAGUUUGCCAUGAUGUCCCUCUUAUUUAGUACUAUUUGUCUUUGACUGUUUUUAUUUUGUUUCUUUCCGAAAACAAAGGUUUCUGUUACUUGGAAUAGAUUCUUCAACAGUGUCUUGUUUAAUUGUACCUUACUGUUGGUCAUGGGAGCCAAGGUUUGCACAGGGAGCAUUUUUUACACCAUGGUUACAAUCAAUGUUACUCUAUAUGGUCCUAAACUUGUAGAAUACUUGUAGUAGCAACACCUUGUACUUGUGCAAUAAACCUCACAAAUAUUUGAAUUAAUUCUCACCAAUAUCUUAGUUAUCUAUUGGUUAACAGUUUUGUAGUAAGAUACUCUUAAUGUACAAUACUGUAAUUUCUUUAGUCUAAAAAUGUUACACAUUCAAUCUGUAACUCACUUAAAACUGUAUUUCCAGCAUCUGGAGUCAAGCUGUUUUGACUCCAGCUGGCUGCAGAUUAAUCUGCGACAGAAUGGUAUGAUCAGACUAAGAAAUAUCAUACCCCUCCAAACAAGCUUUAAGCUUUGGGUGUACAAUUUUAACAGAUUUUCCUCCUUGGUGAAGAAUAAUCGAGAUUUCCAUCUAAUAAUUAUAUUCCAUUUAGUGUUGAAUUUCUCAAAUACUUGUGGAGGUAAGUGUCAUGCCUAUGCAGACAGGUUUUAAGCGAUUAUUUUCAGAAAUAUACAUAUACUGUACAAUAAUAUACAGAUGUCUGUAUAUUAUUUCCAGUGCUUUCUUUGAGAAUACUUUAUCUCAUGCUGAACUAUGCAAGGGAAACACGUGUACAUACUGUAUGUGAGCAUCACAAAACUACAGGGAUUGUUCUCCACUGUAAGUCUGCGGUUACAUAAUGUUAAAAUGUUGUGAAAAAAAGAAGGGAAAUCCGAUACAAAAUGUAACUUUGAAAUUUGCAUGAGCUGUCACUAAGACAAAGGAACAUACUGUAUUGAGAACGGUUAUCAGUGCCAGUUAUCGUGUCAGUCUACACCCUCGUACCAUUUUAGCAAUAACAUUGUUUAAUGUCUUUGUAUUACACCAUGUUCUUGUUGCUAUGAAGGAUGUGGUUCACUUUGUCAUACUGAAAGAAAAGAUUGUGAAAACUUUGGGUGCACCAACAUUUCAUGUUUUUACUUGCUGGUACAGAGUAGUGAUGCAACCUUUUUAAUAGUAUUUAGAUCUGGUUUUAUUGGCUUUCUAAAUGGUUGAGACACACACGGCUCCAUUCAGUGGAUGUUUUCAUUCACUAAAAGGACAUAGCUUACAUUCACUUUGUGUGAGUGAAAGGUUUGAGACCUUUUCCACACAGUCUGUCUUGUCAUAGCAGAAAAAAAGCACAGGUGUAAAUAACAAAGAUGUCAAAGUCGAACGUCAGCACAUAGUUUCUUUAAGUGUCCCAGUGAGCCAUGCCAGUGAUUAAUGCUGCAUAGUAACAUGGCCCUGAACUGGGACACUUAAAUGUAUCACACACAUAAUUAAUGUUAUUAAUUAUACCUGUGCUUUUCUUGCUGUGACAUACCACAUGUCUGCGCUUUUAAAAAAGCAUGUUGGUGCAUCCCUAGUGAAAAUCUAUAUAUUCAUAUUCAAUUUUAACAUUUCAGAUUGUACACAGAUCUUCAUUGUAUUUUUAUUGUUGCAAAUGAAACGGAACGGUUUACUUUUUUGUUGUUCUUAUGUGGCAGUGUGUUCGGAAGUGGGUUUUAUGAGUCACAUUUUCAGCCUUAACUGAAAGAAGAAAAAGUGGUCAAACCUCAAGCUUUGUUCCAUGUGCUGUAGUUAACAGGGGUGGAGAUUGUUUCUCAAAUGUGAAAGUAACUGUUGUCUGUAACAACUUCUGGAACACUGGAGAAUAAAAACAACUGUAAAGUGAAAUAAAUUAUGUAUUGACAA